GGUUUUUGGCCAGGUCUCAAGUGUGAUAUAAAAGCCGGGCCACAACCCGCUCAACGAUCCACAGUCCAAAGUCGCUUGCAGCGCCAAGACAUCCCCAGUGCAGAGAGUCGAGACCUCGAAAAAAAAAAUCCUAAAAAAAUGUUCAAAUACGUGUUGAUCGCCAGCCUGCUGGUCACAAUUGCCUUCGCAGCUCCCCGUGAAGAAACCGAACAGGAAAGACUAGACCGGGAGGAACUGGAGCGCUACCAGAAUGAAAAUGCCCAGUACGCUUUCAACUCCAAGGUGGAUGACCAGAUCAACGAUGGACAGAUCAUCCGGGAAGAGGAGCGUGAGGGUGGCACUGUGCGCGGUAAAUACAGCUACUUCGAUGGCUUUGUGAAGCGCACCGUGGAGUACAUCGCCGACAAGGACGGCUACAGGGUGCUCAAGGACACGAUGGAGGAUGUUGGCAAUGGCCCCCAGUUCAAUCCCGAGGGCCAGGCCGAUGUUGAGGGAUCCCUCAUCGGCAAGUACUCCAUCAAGCUGGACAAGGAUGAUGACGAGAAGCACUACAAGGAUAUACACGCCUAAUGGGGAUUAGUUCUAGGAUUUCUAACAUUUAGAAAUGGACUGAAUACUUUGUAACUUACCAACGUUCGAGCAAAACACUUGUACUUUUUUUCACUCAAAUAAAAAAGAAAUAAUUUAAAA